GACUCGUUUGACAAGCAAUAGCUCGUUACGAAUAAAAUUUUGUUUGUAUUUGCAUAAUGAAUUGAAAAUGUUCAAAAAAGACCGCGACCAUUAAAAUUCGGGUGGAGGUAACAGGUUGAAUUAUGAUAUGUCAUAUUAGGUACAUAUUGUGGCGCACUUAUCUUACCGUUUACAUUCUCAUUCGGACCUUUUUGGCACUGAGGUUUUCAGCUGUCUUCCUCAUGAUUAAACCUGACUGCUGGAGGAGAGGUUUAAUAAAUAACAUACCUACGCGCGCUUUGCAGUAUUACCCGACGUCCGGACUAUGAUGGUGACCUUGUGGAGAUGUCGAGGCUCUCAACUUGGAUAUUACAGAGAUUACGCGUUCAUAACCGUUACACGAUGCUGCCUGAUACGGAAAGUCCGAUAGACGAUGAAGUACGAUCCCCUCCGCAUUCAGAGGUUAGCGACCGCCACGACAAUGUUGCAGAGCGUCGAAAAUGGAGCCAUCGCGAUCGCUUUGCGGGAGCAUUGCUCCUCAAUAUCGCCUCGUUUUUCCUCCCAGCACUUUAUAAUACACUUUCCAAGCUAUGGGUUGCAGACAUCGACUCUUCACUCAUUGUCACCACCGACGUGUACACAUACAUCGGUGUCGUGGUUGAGGUGUUGAACGAGGGCCUACCCCGCGCUUCUUGGGUCAUCAUUGCGGACAAAGCUUCGCGGUCUCCGACACAACGUCUUGGUCUCGCCUACACACUCAUCUUAUUCCAAUGUGUUCUCGGGAUGACAAUGAGUAUCGCUUUCCUAGCCGGUGCGGCAACUUUCGCCGAGGGGUUCGUCCCGCGCGAGGUUCGUGCUGUAAGCGUCACUUAUAUUCGCAUCAGCGCAUUCUCGGCACUGAGUUCUACGAUCGAGACGGCCGUAGCGACGGCUACGAGAGCCCUCGAUAAGCCUGACGUACCAUUAGUCAUUAGUAUGACUAAAUUUGUCGUGAAUAUCGUGUUGGAUAUGCUCAUAAUUUCGCGGUUCCACGUUGGCGGGUUCCAGCCAACAAUCAACAUGCAAGCUGGAAUUCAACUUGCAUGCUCCCUAACGGCUGCCUUCGCAGGACUCGGCUACUUCUUGUGGACAACAAGUCUACAACAUAGACGUGAAGCACAAGAGGUCUCCGAUAGAGCUCAUGCAGACGUCUCUCAACAGUAUUCCCAGAGCGGCAUUGAGAUCCGUCCAAGUUUCCGUGCCUUAGGUGUGCUGGCACGGCCUGGUGUCCUAACACUAGCUGAAUCUGCCAUUCGGAACGCAUUAUAUCUCUGGCUAGUCAGCACUAUAGUAGCAUUAGGAACUACCUAUGCUACCGCGUGGUCAAUAUUUACUACCAUCCGAUGGGGACUUGUGAUGGUUCCUGUUCAGGCGUUAGAGGCAACAAGUCUUGCGUUCGUUGGUCAUAAUUGGGGAUCCUGGCGGCGCCACAUUGGUAAAACUAUUCGCAGACCGGGCCGAGUGUCCCUUUCGACAAUAUUUCACAUUGUGAAACCAGCUUUAACAUCUCUCGUCAUUGCAUUGACAGUAGAGGUCCCUCUUGCCAUCUUCUUGUCGAUUUGGGGUGCUAGGUCCUUCGCUUACUACCUAGGCCAAGUAGAUGAAGUUGCCGACAUCACAGCUUAUAUGUGGAAGACUAUCGAUUGGUGUUACAUCUUCUAUGCUAUGUCAACUCAACUUGCGACGGUCCUCCUCGCUACACAACCGAAAUGGUACCUUUACCAAAGCCUAGUCAGUAAUAUCUUCUACGUCCUUCCUUGGGCUAUAGUCUGCCAAGUCAUAGAUAUAGAUACCAAUAAUGCCUGGACCUAUCAUGGCUUGGUUUUCGGGGGAAGUUUGGUCUUUAGCUUCAUUGAUAUUGUUGUAGUAGAUGCGCUGUGGGUGUGGACGCUGAUGACUGGCAAGGCGAGGUUAGAGACAUUCAGAGAAAAUUAGGACAUAUAGGGAUCCCUUACAACCGCGAGACUGAGCUCAUGGCCACGUAUACUCAAAUCUAUAUACUCUUCUCGUGAUUAAUAGGAGUCUACCCAGGUACGCGAUAGCUUAAUACAGAGUAACUCUUUCAAUUCACAAAAUGGGUUACCACGACUGGAAGCUGAAUCGAAUAAAGCUGCGAAAAGCUCUAUUUUCUGGUUC